AGAGGAAUUUUUACGCGUGUACUGGUACGUGACGUUCAUUAAUGCAAGUUUGCGUUGUCAAGUCACGCAUCACUGGCAUCCCUUCAAGUGCAACAUCACAGUGUAGUUCUCGAACAUGAGCCAAAAGAGACAAUGUUCCAAACAGGCCGGGAUUCAGACAUUUUUCACCAAAAAACAACGGGUGUCAGAUGCAUCCACAUCUGCAGAUCUCACACAGUCUGAUGCACCACAAGCUGACUCUAAUGAUAGAUGUGCUCCGUUGCCUUACACAUCAGCAGAUAAUGUGGAAAAAGUUCCCUCAGUAGAAAAAAGUCCAUCUGCUGUGCCUGUAACAAACGUAAGCAAAAAACCAUUGGAUAAUCAAUCUAAAAUGCCUACACAAGAGAUGUUGGAAGACCUUUUUCCUGGAGAGAAAUCAAGAAUUCAUCACCACGAUAUCUGUGAUGCGGGUUGUACCUUCAGUAGAGAAGAGAUUUCCAGGCAGCUAGAAGCAAACAAGGGCAAGAAGAAAGAAAAGCUGUUUAAUCACGCAUGGCUAUGCAAAGCUGACAUUGCCUACUGUGCAGCAAGCGGAUACUGGUGGCCUGUGUUUGUAGAAGGUGAAGGGGUGUAUUGUAUCCUGUGCAAGAAGCACAAUGUCCACUCUACACAAAAUAAGCAAGAGAAAUUCUCUGCAGAGCCCUCAGUGAGGUUCAAGUCCUCGGCAUUGGUGGGGCAUCUCAACAGUAGAACACACAAUGAAGUUAUCCAACUUGAACACACACAGAGGGGAAGUAUUUUCCAGAGAGAAGUCAGCAACAGAAAAGCUGCGGAGGCAAAAACAAUUGAAUGCGUCAUGCGUAAUCUAUAUUUCCUGAUGAAAGAGGAGAUAUCGAAUAGGAAAGCAGCCCAUCUAAAUGAGCUUGUAGCGUUGCAAGGGGGUGAAGAGAUCAAGUACUUCCAACACAGAAGUCAACGAGUGCAAAAAGAAAUGAUGCUAGCAUUGGGAGAUGCGGUUUGUAACUCCUUUUUGCCAGAUGCUCAGGCCGCCAGAUGUUUUGGACUGCUCAUAGACGACCUUACAGAUAUUGCUGUUCAAGAGCAGAUGAUCUGCUUCAUCCAGUAUGUAGAUAAGAAAGCCUCUAAACACACCAAGUUCCUUUUUACAACUAACCUUUUGAGUGGCGAAAGCUCUAGUGCGAAUUCUCCGACCAUAAAGGCAGCUGUGCUUCAAGGUUUGGAAAAUAAAUCCCUAGACACCAGAAAGUUUGCCUCAGUCUGUACUGAUGGUGCAUCAGUAAUGACAGGAGAACAAAAUGGCUUGGCUGGACUUCUUCGCAGAGAUUUCCCUGCAAUUCUCACCUUUCAUUGCGUCUGUCAUAGACUAGCUUUGGCAACUGUUGAUACCAGUAAAGAAGACGAUGUGAAAUACAUCGACAACGUUCACAACUGCCUUAGGCAGGUCUGGCAGCUUCUUGAAAACUCGCCCAAGAAAAUGGCGACUUUCAUCAAGAUACAAGCCAACGUCAACACCGUACAACUAAGUGCAAAAGGGAAAAAGGCCGUGGCAACAAAGCUCCAGAAAGCAUGCAAGACCCGCUGGCUUAGCUUUGAGGCAUCAGUGAAAUCUGUCAAGAAGUGCAUCUACCCCCUCCUCUUGGCUCUAAAGGAGCUGGAAUCCGAAAGUGCAACAGCUGGAGGACUGUACAAAAAGAUGUACUCAGGCUACUUCCUAGGAACCCUAUAUCUGCUUGGUGAGGUGCUUCCCAUUCUUAGUACCCUCAGCAAGACCUUUCAGAAAGGCGAAUUGUCAUAUGCCCACAUUAAAGGCAGCAUUGGCUACGCAAAGGCCCAACUGAAUCAGCUACUAGAGGAAGCAAAGAAAACAGAGUUCAUCAAAAACCUCACGGCUGAUCUUAGGAAUGGUCCCCUGUCUGCUACUAACAUUGAGCUUACACAAUCAGAUGAGCGAAGAUUGGCCAACCUGAAAGUUAAAUAUGUGACAAGUUUGAUUCAGAACAUCGACAAGCGGUUCUCCAAAUGUCAAGACAUCUUCUCUGCCUUUAAAGUUUUCCAUCCAGGGCUUAUACCUAGAAAGGAACAUCCGGACUUCAAAAGCUAUGGGGAGGCAGAUGUGAUGUUGUUGGCCAAACACUUUUUCAGUAAUGAUGUGGACCAGUUCAUGGCAGAAUGGCAUCGUUUCAAAUUUGAUCUCAUUGACUUUCAGGGGGACAUGGAGUUUUCUUUGAGGCAGCUAUGCCAGUCUCAGAAACAGUACCCACUGCUGUCUGAAGUCGCAGAGAUUUGCUACUCAGCCCCUGUCACAAAUGCUUGGCCAGAGAGGGGGGCUUCUGCUGUAAAGCGAAUUAAGACAAGGCUACGAAGCUUGCUUAAGGAUGACAUGUUGAAUGUUCUCCUACAAGUUUCCAUUAAUGGACCAACCUUGGCUGACGCAGACAGCAUAAUUCAAGAUGCUACAAAGCAUUGGCUGAAUGACAAAUCAAGGUACAAAUUGAAACGAGUGAACCAGCCACGACAACCCCCAAAGGAGAAUGCGGAACUACCACGUGCUGCCUUUUUCUCUGCUGCAACCCAAACUGACAUAGUAAUUGACUUGAAUAAGGAGGCGGAGGAAGAAGAACAGAGUAAAGAACAAGAAGCAGAGAUGAUAGUCGCAGAGAGCUUAGGUUUGGCUGGUGAAGACUGCACAGAACAAAACAUAUCAGACGAAGAUUCAGGCCUUGACUCUGUUUCUGAGGAUGAGUUUUAGCCAUGCCCCACUCUCGCCUUGAAUUAUCUGACUGCUUUAUUAGAUAAUUAUUAGCUAAAAUAUCUCAAAAGAUUUAUGUGAUUGAUGAAUCAAAUAGGUCAUA